AUGUUCACCUUGGAGAUGGCUUCGCUGGAGGAAGAUCAAAGCCCUGGAGACGUCGUGCCAGAAAAACUGGCCAAACAAUCAGACGGGCACCAGCGUAGCUUGGUUUCCUUCCUGGACCUUGAAAGAUCUUCUGUCCAGAGUUUACGACUCCUGUACACUGCCUGCAAAGGAGUGCUGCGCCCGCCCCGGGGAGGCAGCGAGGACGGCGACUGGACGGCCGCGCGGGAGAAGCGGACCCGGCGGGCGGCGUCGGGGAGGGCGGUGCGGGGAGCCGGGCGGGGGCGUCCAGCCAGCCAGCCUGCCAUCCCGCGCGGGCACGGGCUGCGCCGCAGCUGCCGCCGGCCGCUCCGCCAAGAAGGCGCCCCCGGAGGAGCGAGAAUGGGCCAGAUCCGCGCGCGGCCCCGCCGACCCGCCUGCUGGGCUCUGCUGACAGCGGCCGCCCUGUGCUGCUGCUGCUGCUGCUGGGGGGCGGAAGGCCAGGUCUAUUAUUCUUGUGGGGCUCAGUUCAAUUCAUUGGAAAGAGGCUUAAUUUUAUCUCCUGGUUUCCCAAACAAUUAUUCAUCAGGCAUGCACUGUGUUUGGCGAUUUCUUAUUCCUGCUAAGACAUACUUAUUGUUGGAGAUUUUUGAUUUUGAUGUGUUUGAAAGCAUCAGUGAAAACCCGAAUGCCUGGGAUGGAUAUUUUUCUUUUACAAAAAGUACAAACACGGACUCUUCACCCAGUGAAGAAACCACAGAGUUUUCAAGCACCAUCUUCCCUGCCAAGACUUCAGUUCCCCAUGAUCUUGACUCAAAAGAUCUUGAUGAUGGCUUUCCAGAAGCUACGUCUCAGAACCUUGAGUGGAAGGAAUUCCAUCCAAGAGAACCCCAAGAAUUAGCUGUUACUCAACCAAGUAAAUUCCCAGUCCAGGGAGUAACCAAUGAUACCUUGACAAGACAAAUGUCUGAUGGAAAACGAGAGAAUAAGGACUUAGUGGACAAAAUAUUCUUUGCUCACUACCCUGCUAAGGAGAACGCCAAAGUUCCUCCGAACCAUUUAGGAAAGGUGAUUUUUGGAGAAGAUGUUGCCAUUUCAACAAUGAUAUUGCCAAUUAACAUCUCAUCCACUCCACCGUUCUCAGCUGAUGUUUGUCCCGAUGAUGUCUUAUAUGUCUCAGAUCUCACUGCCUUUUCUUCUCGCUUCUGUGGGACAAAAUCACCCUUAAACAAAAACAUGACCUUUGGAUCUUCUCUGAAGAUGGUGGAAGUUAUUGUGGAGCUGAUCACCACAACCGAUCGUGGGCGAGGCUUUGCCAUGCUCUUCGAAUACAAGAACAGUACAGAGAUGAUAAGUACAAACGAUGUCAAGGAUGGAGAAGAGAAUAUGAUGAUGAUGGUGGUCAUAACUGGGAUCCUGUUCUUUUCGUUGAUUCUUUUAUCCUCACUCUGUAUUGCGUGUAGGUAA